AUGAGUAGCAUUUCUGAGCUAAAGACGGAUGGUAUUGGAGGCCCGUUACAGGUUAGAAUACUACGUAAAUGGAGACACGACGUAAGGCGCUAUGAAACCUGGUAUCUAGCUGUCGACGGAUUUAGCUACAUCGAAUUUGUUCUCAACCUUUCGCACUGCUAUACCAUCUUGGAUUAUAGUUGCCCCAUGUUAGACAAGUAUCAGAAAUUCCUACAAAAUGACUUUUAUAUUGAUGUCGGCCUUAUGUCUGUGAUAGAACAGAUUCCGGACACACUGACAAUACCGAAAAACUGGUUUCACUUUGUCUCAAAGCCACAACUCAUAGACCUUGGAGACAUACCAUCUUAUUACCCAGGGGCUCUACGUCAUGGUUCAUCACAUGCUACCCAUGUCUAUGUCAACCCAGACAUACCAGAAACAACAUCGCUUAUAAACCUAUAUACAGGUCCCUUAAGACCAAUGCCACCACUAGCAGGCACACCGUCUACCCUAGGUGACAUGAGAAAGAAAACCAGAUCUGAACUGCUGGUAACAUUUCUUCAUUGGAUAAGACAUUUCUGGUGCACACAUCAAUCAAAGACAUUCUCUUCCAAAAUAGUUGGUACCAGACAACAUGCACAAUAUGCAAAGAUCCCAUUUUCAGAAGGGGCGAAAAUUGGUUUUGUAGCGCACAUGGACAUAUUGACAAACCAAACUACAUCCAUGUCGGAAACAUCGUGUCACAAACUACUCGGGUCAAAUCUUGACAAAUUCAUAUCUGACAACCCAAUGACGAAUGCAAACGUCCUGCCCGUAAACAUAACUAACGAGAGAGGAAAUACAAAAACAAUGUCCAUCCAAAUGAUUAGAGCUUCAACUUCAGAAAACAUACGAUUCAUAAUAAUUGACCAUGACCCACUAACAAGAAUGUCCGACACAUCAAUUCCAACGACACCAACUCCAACCAGAACGACAAGGGCACGACAAAACAAUACAUCACCGGGAUCAUCUACAGCCAAUCAAAAUGUUGCACAUCCUCUAUCUUAUGACCUUGCAGGAACAAACACCCAAAUGCAGACGCUCCUACAAGACGCCCCAGAUAAGCUACCGUACAAAGAGUCGACGAUCACCAACCAGGUUAUUACCGACAUCGAUAAAGACACCGUUCUCAUGCUUGACAUGUUCGAGAUGAUGCCGGAAAACAUCACAACAGUUGUGAAAAUAUGUAACAAGAUCAUCCAGGACCACCUAACAACAUGA